GCGGAGGGGCGUCCGGUUACAUCUCCGCCCUUCCUCAGCCUCCUGGCCGCGGAGCCGCUGGGUUUGCGGGACAGCAGUUCGGGAACAUGUUGGCCUCGAGCAGCCGGAGCUGGGCUGCGUGGACGCGGGCGCUGCUGCUGCAGCUGCUGCUGGCAGGGCCCGGGGGCUGCCUGAGCCGCCAGGAGCUCUUUCCCUUUGGCCCCGGACAGGGGGACCUGGAGCUGGAGGCCGGCGACGACCGCGUCUCCCCCGCCCUGGAGCUGAGCAGGGGGCUUCGCUUCUACGACAAAUCCAACAUCGGCUCCGUCUACGUCACCACAAAUGGCAUCAUCGCCAUGAGUCAGCCCCCAGCUGAGGAAUCCCAUCCUGGAGUCUUCCCACCGACCUUUGGGGCUGUCGCCCCUUUCCUGGCUGACUUGGACACCUCAGAUGGCCUUGGGAAGAUUUAUUAUCGAGAGGACUUGUCCCCUUCUGUCACUCAGCUGGCAGCAGUGUGUGUCCAGAGAGGAUUCCCAGAAGUCUCUUUCCAGCCCAGUAGUGUGGUGGUUGUCACUUGGGAAUCUGUGGCCCCCUACCAAGGACCCAGCAGGAACCCUGCCCAGGAAGGCAAGAGAAACACAUUCCAGGCUGUUCUGGCCUCCUCCGAUUCCAGCUCCUAUGCCAUUUUCCUCUAUCCAGAAGAUGGUCUGCAGUUCUAUACGGCAUACUCAAAGAAGGAUGAGAACCAAGUUCCCGCUGUGGUUGCAUUCAGCCAAGGUUUAGUGGGACUCAUAUGGAAGAGCGAUGGUGCUUAUAAUAUAUUUGCAAAUGACAGAGAAUCAAUUGAAAACUUGGCCAAGAGCAGCAAUUCAGGGCAGCAGGGCGUCUGGGUGUUUGAGAUUGGGAGUCCAGCCACAGCCAGUGGUGUGGUACCUGCUGACGUGAACCAUGGAUUCGAUGAUGGAGCAGAGUAUGAAGAGGAGGAUGAAGAUUAUGACCCAGUGAUGAGGCUGGGCCCGGAGGACGUGGCCACUACACUCUUCCCCUAUGAGACUCUGGGAAGGAGAGACACUGACUCAUACCAUGUGCCCAGUGUACUCUCCCCCCGCCGCGUAGCAACUGAGAGCCCCCCUGAACUUCCCACGGCGAGGACCAGGUCUUUCAAAUUGCCGGUGGAGAGGUUUCCCCAGCAGCGCCCACAGGUGAUAGAUGUGGAUGAAGUUGAGGAGACAGGAGUUGUUUUCAGCUACAACACUGAUUCCCGGCAGACGUGUGCCACCAACAGACAUCAGUGCUCCGUGCACGCAGAGUGCAGGGACUACACGACUGGGUUUUGUUGCAGCUGUGUUGCUGGUUAUACUGGGAAUGGCAGGCAGUGUGUUGCCGAAGGGUCCCCUCAGCGAGUUAACGGCAAAGUGAAGGGAAGGAUCUUUGUGGGGAACAGCCAGACCCCAAUUGUCUUUGAGAACACCGACCUCCACUCUUACGUCGUGAUGAACCACGGCCGUUCCUACACGGCCAUCAGCACCAUUCCUGAGACCCUUGGGUAUUCCCUGCUUCCUCUGGCCCCCGUGGGAGGCAUCAUUGGAUGGAUGUUUGCUGUGGAGCAGGACAAAUACAAGAAUGGGUUCAGCAUCACUGGCGGCGAGUUCACCCGGCGGGCUGAGGUAACCUUCGUGGGGCACCCGGGCAAGCUGGUCGUCAAGCAGCAGUUCAGCGGCAUCGAUGAGCAUGGGCACCUGACCAUCGACACGGAGCUGGAGGGCCGCGUGCCGCAAAUCGCGUUCGGCUCCUCCGUACACAUUGAGCCCUACACGGAGCUCUACCAUUAUUCCCCUUCUGUGAUCACGUCCUCCUCCACCCAGGAGUACACUGUGACGGAGCCUGAGCGGGACGGGACUGCCCCCUCACACACCUACAUCUACCAGUGGCGGCAGACCAUCACCUUCCAACAAUGCACCCACGAUGAUGCCCGGCCCGCCCUGCCCAGCACCCAGCAACUCUCAGUGGACAGCGUGUUUGUCCUGUACAACCAGGACGAGAAGAUCUUGCGAUACGCUCUGAGCAACUCCAUCGGUCCUGUGAGGGACGAUUCCCCUGACGCCCUUCAGAACCCCUGCUACGUUGGCACUCAUGGCUGUGACACCAACGCGGCGUGCCGGCCCGGCCCCGCCACACAGUUCUCCUGCGAGUGCUCCAUCGGCUUCCGAGGAGAUGGGCGGACCUGCCAAGAUAUCGAUGAAUGUUCUGAGCAGCCCUCGGUGUGUGGGAGCCAUGCCAUCUGCAAUAAUCACCCCGGAACCUUCCGCUGUGAGUGUAUGGAGGGCUAUCGGUUUUCCGACGAGGGAACGUGUGUGGCUGUUGUAGACCAGCGCCCCAUCAACUACUGUACAAGUAGCCUCCACGACUGUGACAUACCCCAGCGGGCCCAGUGCAUCUACACUGGAGGCUCCUCCUACAGCUGCUCCUGUUUGCCAGGCUUCUCCGGGGAUGGCCGGGCCUGUCAAGAUGUGGAUGAGUGCCAGCCGAGCAGAUGUCACCCUGACGCUUUCUGUUACAACACUCCAGGCUCCUUCACAUGCCAGUGCAAGCCUGGUUACCAGGGAGAUGGCUUCCGUUGCGUGCCUGGGGAAGCAGAGAAAACCAGAUGCCAGCAGGAGCGUGAGCACAUUCUCGGGGCGGCAGGCGUGGACGUGCAGCAGCCCAGGCCCUCAGGGUUCUUUGUCCCCGAGUGUGACGAGCAUGGGUACUAUGCGCCCACUCAGUGCCACGGCAGCACCGGCCACUGCUGGUGCGUGGACAGGGAUGGCCGUGAGAUCGAAGGUACCAGGACCAGGCCUGGAGCGCAGCCCCCAUGUCUCAGUACAGUGGCGCCCCCGACUCACCACGGACCCGCAGUUCCUACCACCGUGAUUCCCCUGCCGCCCGGGACCCACUUACUCUUUGCCCAGACUGGGAAGAUAGAGCACCUCCCCCUGGAGGGAAAUACUAUGAAGAAAACCGAAGCCAAGGCGCUACUUCAUGCCCCGGAUAAAGUUAUCAUUGGACUUGCCUUCGACUGUGUGGACAAGAUGGUUUACUGGACUGACAUCAGUGGACCUUCUAUUGGGAGAGCCAGUCUGCAUGGUGGAGAGCCAACCACUAUCAUUCGACAAGAUCUUGGAAGCCCGGAAGGCAUUGCCCUUGACCAUCUUGGCCGCAACGUCUUCUGGACAGAUUCUCACCUGGAUCGAAUCGAAGUUGCAAAGCUGGAUGGCAGCCAGCGCCGGGUACUUUUAGAGACCGAUUUGGUGAACCCCAGAGGCAUCGUAACGGAUUCCGUGAGAGGAAACCUUUAUUGGACAGAUUGGAACAGAGAUAACCCCAAAAUUGAAACUGCCUACAUGGAUGGCACAAACCGAAGGGUCCUCGUGAAGGAUGACCUGGGUUUGCCCAACGGGCUGACCUUUGAUGCGUUCUUAUCUCAACUCUGCUGGGUAGAUGCAGGCACGAAGCGGGUGGAAUGUAUAAGCCCCGGUCAGCCCAGCAAACGCAGGGUUCUUGAAGGGCUGCAGUAUCCUUUCGCCGUGACAAGCUAUGGGAAGAAUCUGUACUACACAGACUGGGAGACGAAUUCCGUGAUUGCUGUUGAUCUUGCUAUUUCCAAAGAGACAGAUGACUUCCACCCCCACAAACAGACACGGCUGUACGGCAUCACCACCGCCCUUUCUCAGUGUCCACAAGGCCGUAACUACUGCUCGGUGAACAACGGUGGCUGCACCCAUCUCUGCUUGGCCACCCCAGGGAGCAGGACCUGCCGUUGCCCUGACAACACCCUAGGAGUUGACUGUAUUGAGCGGAAAUGAAGACAGGAGCACUCGUUCCCUCUCCAGGCAUUUUACAGCAACACCCUACUUGAAAAGAUCCAGACUGAAAACUGUCCUCUGGCAGAGUGGCCACCAGGCCCAGGUCUAGCCCAGCCUGAGCCCUGACAACUUUACACUCACCAUGCCCCAAAACAUACACCCUGGGUUUCUGUACUGGGAAAGCCUCUACCCCUCCAUCAGGACAGAAAACCUUCCUGGCCUCA